AUGGAAGACGAUGACGAAUGCGAUAUCGAUGAUGAUGAUGAAGACGUUGACCAUGAAGAUUACGAUGACGAGGACGAUGACGAAGAUGAUGACAAUGACGAUGACGAUGACGAUGAUGACAUUGACAAAGACGAAUACGGUGACGAUGUUGAUGACGAUGGCAAUGACGAUGACAAUGACGAUGAUGAUAACGAUGACGAAGAGGACGAUGAUCACGUAGACGAUGACAAUGAUAAUGACGAUAACCGUGACUUUGAUGGUGACGAUGAUGAUGACAAUGACGAUAAAUCCUUCGAUGACGAUGACGACGACGAUGACGGUGACGAUGACGAUGAUGAUGAAGAUGAAUAUGACAAUGACGAUUUCGCUGACGACGACAAUGACGGUGACGAUGAUGAUGACGACGACGAUGACGAUGAAGAUGAUGACGAUGAUGAUGGUGAUGACGAUGAUGAUGACGAUGACGAUGAUAACGAUGACGAUAGUGAUUAUCACGUUGUCGAAGAUGAAGACGAUGAAUGUGAAUAUGACGAUGUCCGUGACGAUGAAGAUGACGAGGAAGAUGACGGUGACGUUGCCGUUGACCAUGACGUUGAUGGUGACGAUGAUGAUGAUGACAAUGACGAUGACGAUAUGGAAGACGAUGACGAAUGCGAUAUCGAUGAUGAUGAUGAAGACGUUGACCAUGAAGAUUACGAUGACGAGGACGAUGACGAAGAUGAUGACAAUGACGAUGACGAUGACGAUGAUGACAUUGACGAAGACGAAGACGAUGACGGUAACGAUGUUGAUGACGAUGACAUUGACGAUGACAAUGACGAUGAUGAUUACGAUGACGAUGAAGACGAAGACGGUGACGAUGAUGCUGAAAACGAUGAUGACGAUGACGAUGAUGAUGAAGAUGAUGAUGGUGAUGAUGACGAUGACGAUUAUGAUGAUGCUGACGAAUAA